UAUACAUUUUUAUAUAUAAACACGCACAUAUAUUUUCACUAAAGAACCAUUUGUAAAUGUACUGCAAUUAACCGGUUCUUCUGGAGUAUUUAGUAGUUGAGUAGUAUGGUUGUUUUAAACCUAAUGAAGCCGAGACAGUUGAUUUAGUUGUAGAAUGGGCUUAACGAGAGGCUAAAUGACUAACGAGCGGCGGUCCCCCUGGCAGCAGCGUGUCGGAGGAGUGUCUGAUGGUGGAGGAGAAGGAGCAGCGCGAGCGCGAGCGUCGCAUGGCCAAUAACGCUCGGGAGCGGGUUCGUGUGCGCGACAUUAACGAAGCCUUCAGGGAGCUCGGCCGCAUGGUGCAGCCGCACCUGAAGAGUGACAAGGCUCAGACUAAACUCAUCAUCCUCCAGCAGGCCGUGCAGGUCAUCCUGGGCCUGGAGAGACAGGUGCGAGGUAGGACCAACCCCUGUGAGCCGCCACCGUCCUGUCGAGAAUCAGCAGACACACACACACACACACACACACACACACCGCUGCUGCUGCUGCUGAGAGCCGCGUCACUUUCCUCGCUUCCACUGCUGCUGUGUGUUUGUGUGAUGCUGACCUUUAGCAUCUUUCUGCACAACUUCUGCCACAUUAACAGCCUUUCCUAUCAGUCCUUCAUUUUAAAGUUGUGAUUUGAGCUGCUUAUGAUUGGAGCAACUAAAUAUGUUAGGGUUAAAGGAUUAGUUCACCCAAAAAUGAAGAUUCUGUCA